GGUGGUGAGUAGAGGGCGCCAGCUUGGCCAGGACCGGCUCUGCUUCGAUAAGUGGGUCCUCUCUGGAUUCUAAUACCUCCAAAGUGGACCCUCUGUGUAGAACUCGACCUUUGAACAAUCUCUGUUAGGAUGAAACAAAAAAACAUGUUCAUGUAAAAAGAUGCGGGUGACUGAGAUUUCAAACGUCACAGAACACAGAAGCAAAGCGGAGACGUGUCCGCGCUCGUGACCGCGCUCAGUGACAACGCGCAUCAUCCUUUCCUCCCCCUGUGAGCGCGCGGGAUCCAAGGACAGACCACGGACUCGCGAGCAUCAGGUCAUCUGGGAAUCCGCGAGACCGGGGUCCGGACAGAAUCGGAACCGGCGUUAAAAGGGAAGCGACGGAAAAAUAAGAAACCAACGUUUUAACGAUUUAGUAAAUAAGCGAAGGUGAAUCAACAGGACGACGCGGAUCAGCGGGUUCGGAUGUGAACCAAAACACCGAGCGAAUCCCACCGAAUCCCACCGUAGGAUGGAAUGGGUAAUUAAACCCUGAAAUAAACAGCCAACAUUCAACCUGAAGCGGACCGGUAUCAGGACUGGGACCGAGUGGCCGACCGUACAGGACUGGAAGGACGGUGAAUCCUGGGAGGGACCCGAAAUAAAUCACAGAGGCUGAAAUCAACAGGAGCCGGAACUGUGACGGAAUGCUGAACAUGGAGCUUCGCGGCGUGCUCCUCCUCGCCGUGCUGCAGUGCUGCUCGGUGGCUCGCGGCGGCUGUGAGCCUCGGCUGGUGAAUCUUGGGGCCGUGUUAAGCCAGAAGCGCUACGAGCAGGUGUUCAAGGAGGCGGUGAGCCAGGCCAACAGUCUGUAUGGGAGGGACAAAUUCAAGAUGAACGCCAUCUCUGUCACACACAAGCCCAACGCCAUCCAGAUGGCCCUGUCUGUGUGCGAGGACCUAAUCUCCAACCAGGUGUAUGCCAUCCUGGUCAGUCACCCGCCCCAGUCCAACGACCACCUGACUCCCACACCCGUUUCCUACACAGCUGGUUUCUACAGGAUCCCUGUGCUUGGGCUGACAACGCGCAUGUCCAUCUACUCUGACAAGAGCAUCCACCUGUCCUUCCUGAGGACGGUGCCUCCGUACUCCCACCAGGCUCAAGUCUGGUUCGACCUGAUGAGGGAGUUCAGGUGGAACCACAUCAUCCUGAUUGUGAGCGAUGACCACGAGGGCCGAGCCGCCCAGAAAAGGCUGGAGACCCUGCUGGAGGAGAGAGAGACCAAGACUAAAAACAGGAACUAUGACAACCUCGACCAACAGAACUUUGACUUCAGGAGAACACCCAAGGCAGAGAAGGUGCUGCUAUUCAGCCAGGACACCAACCUGACGGCUCUGCUGCUGGAGGCCAAAGACCUGGAGGCUCGAGUCAUCAUCCUCUCCGCCAGUGAGGAUGAAGCUGCAGCUGUGUAUAAAGCCGCUCGUCAGCUCAACAUGACUGGCUCUGGUUACGUGUGGUUGGUUGGGGAGAGAGAGAUGACGGGCAAAGCUCUAAGUGAAGCUCCAGACGGCCUACUGGGCCUCCAGCUCAUUAAUGGUAAGAAUGAAUCGGCCCACAUCACGGAUGCUGUGGCAGUGGUGGCUCAAUCUCUGCAGGAGUUGUUUGAAAAGGAGAACAUCACGGAACCUCCCCGGGGUUGUGUUGGGAAUACCAACAUCUGGAGAACUGGACCACUCUUCAAACGUGUGCUGAUGUCAUCAAAGUACCCGGACGGUCUGACGGGACGAAUUGAGUUUAAUGACGAUGGCGACCGACGCUUCGCCACUUACAGUAUCCUGAACUACCAACAGAAACCAGGUCGCCUCGUCCAGGUUGGGGUCUUCAAUGGAUCACAGGUUGUGAUGAAUCCUCAGAGGAAGAUCAUCUGGCCCGGAGGAGAGACUGAGAAGCCAGUGGGAUAUCAGAUGUCCACCAGACUCAAGAUUGUGACAAUCCAUCAGGAGCCGUUUGUGUACGUGAAACCAACAAAGUCUGAUGGAACCUGUAAAGAAGAGUAUACUGUGAACGGCAUCCUAAUCAAGAAGGUGAUCUGUACCGGACCCAACGGGACCAUACCGGGUCAGCCCAUCGUCCCUCAGUGCUGCUAUGGCUUCUGCAUUGACCUGCUGAUCAAGCUGGCUAUGAACCUGAACUUCACCUAUGAGGUUCACCUGGUGGCUGAUGGGAAGUUUGGCACGCAGGAGCGAGUGAACAAUAGCAACAAGAAGGAAUGGAACGGGAUGAUGGGGGAGUUGUUGGGAGGACUGGCUGACAUGAUCGUCGCCCCCCUUACCAUCAACAAUGAGCGCGCUCAGUACAUUGAGUUCUCCAAACCCUUCAAAUACCAGGGACUCACCAUCCUCGUCAAGAAGGAAAUCCCCCGCAGCACUCUGGAUUCAUUCAUGCAGCCGUUCCAGAGCACACUGUGGCUGUUAGUCGGUCUGUCGGUCCAUGUGGUGGCAGUGAUGCUUUACCUAUUAGACCGGUUCAGCCCGUUUGGAAGGUUUAAAGUGAAUAGCGAGGAAGAAGAAGAAGACGCCCUCACCCUGUCCUCAGCCAUGUGGUUCUCAUGGGGAGUACUGCUGAACUCUGGGAUAGGAGAAGGAGCUCCCAGGAGUUUUUCAGCAAGGAUUCUAGGUAUGGUGUGGGCAGGAUUUGCCAUGAUUAUCGUAGCAUCCUAUACUGCCAACCUGGCAGCCUUCCUGGUGCUGGACCGGCCUGAGGAACGCAUCACUGGCAUCAAUGACCCCAGGCUGCGUAACCCAUCAGACAAGUUCAUCUACGCCACAGUGAAGCAGAGCUCGGUGGAUAUCUACUUCAGACGGCAGGUGGAACUGAGCACCAUGUACCGGCACAUGGAGAAACACAACUACGAGAGCGCUGCUGAGGCCAUCCAGGCCGUGAGAGACAACAAGCUUCACGCCUUCAUCUGGGACAGUGCUGUGCUGGAGUUCGAGGCAUCACAGAAGUGCGAUCUGGUGACGACAGGAGAGCUAUUUUUCCGCUCCGGUUUUGGGAUUGGAAUGAGGAAGGACAGUCCGUGGAAACAGAAUGUUUCUCUGGCAAUUCUCAGUUCACAUGAGAAUGGCUUCAUGGAAGAUCUGGACAAGACGUGGGUGCGAUACCAGGAGUGCGACUCCAGAAGCAACGCCCCUGCUACCCUAACCUUUGAGAACAUGGCAGGUGUGUUCAUGCUGGUUGCUGGUGGCAUCGUUGCUGGUAUCUUUCUUAUCUUCAUUGAGAUUGCCUACAAACGUCACAAAGAUGCUCGGAGAAAACAGAUGCAGCUGGCCUUCGCUGCUGUGAAUGUGUGGAGGAAGAACCUGCAGGAUAGGAAAAGUGGUAGAGCAGAGCCCGAGCCCAAACUGAAAACCUCUUUUAGGUCCAUCACUUCGACCUCCGACCUCAAACGACGUAGGGCCUCCACUGACGCCACGCCGUACCCAACCGACCUCACUGGCCAGCUCAACCUAUCAGAUCCCUCCGUCAGCACCGUGGUCUGAGAGCGAGGGCGAACUUCACUGAUGCGGCUGAGCCACACACACACACACACACACACACACACACACACACACACACACACACACACACACACACACACACACACACACACACACAUUAUGUAAACACACAGAUGGACAGACUGCGCUUCCGCUGAGGCACGAGGCACGCUGAGGACGAUAGGACCAUUGUGCUAACACACACACACUGACUCACCAUCUGUCCCCUUUACCCCUGCAGACACACACUGGUCUUCGCUUAUAACCAUCAGCCUUCUCUGAUCAGAGGCUCUUAAUUUAAAAGAAAUGGGGCUUCAGGCUGUUUUUAUUUUGGUAGAUAUCUGUGAUGUCAUACAGUUUGUUUUGCUUCCUGUCAGUCACACUGAUUGAUCACUCACAGUUUUAGAACUGGUUCCAUCACCAGAAACUUUUUAUCUAGUGCUGAUUCCGAUUCCAGUGACCAUGAACCUAUCGACCAGGAACCUGAUGAUCAAGGACCUUUUGACGUAAAAGCUGAUACUCAGGAACCUGCUGAUGUGGCCCAACCUUUAAGGACCCGUCACCUGGGUCUCUGGCAAUUCAAAACCUGUCACUUGGCACCUUGACUAUCAGGAUCCUGUCCAUGGACAUGGACCACUGGGACCUGGAGCAGCUCGUCGAUUGUUGCCAGUAACGAAUCCAUCUGGUCAAUCUAAUGAUCAGAACCCCACUGACCCAGUAUCUGAUAAUCAGGAUGGCACAGCUAUGGGCUGUGAUCCGUUGUGGGGUUUCUUCACUGCUGUUCUCCACUGAGGCUUCUGGGUAGUGUAGUCCACAAAAGAGACAUGUGAAGAGGUGAGGAACCUGAUUAUAAGCAAACAAAUGCGAUUCAUUUUCACCUGCAACUGUUUAUUAGAUGUAGAAGUGGGUCAGAUGCAGAAAACACAAUUUCUCCAAAGGGAUCAAGUACAAAUGAAUCAAUUAACAGGUUUAUGAACACAGAGUGAGUUCUGACGAAAGCAUACAGUAUAAAGCCCUGGUAGAAAACUUACAAAUGCUUUUAAAAUUUGAAUAUUUACAAAAACCUAGAACAGUAAAAUAAUAACCAAUUAUCAUCAACGCUCUUUUAAUUACAAAAGGUAUUCAUACACUUGAGAUGAUUCAAAUUUACCAUUUUUCUAGUAAAACUACAGGAGUUUUACUUUAGUCAUGAAACCACUCUGCAGCACAAUCAUUCACCUGAGGCUCUGCCCCACAAGAGCAAUGCAUGCUGGGAACUGUAGUCUGUCUCUGUUUCGUGUCCAUACAAGUUUUCUCACUCUAACCGUACAAAGCAAGUCGUGUGGGGAAGAACCAAGAACAUUCUGUUUUUUAAAUAAACAACGAUGUCAGGGGUUUUUUCAGUGACGAUUCAGGUUAAGCUAAGUAUGAUUCAGGUCUGAGCUGCCUCUCCUGUGAUUCAAGAACCUACAGACCUGACGUCAGAUGUGUCGUAUUAAAGAAGGCCCGGUUUCUUUGUGCUUGUCUUUACGGAACUACACAGAAUGCCUGUUGAAGCUCACAUGGCUCUGCAGGCACCUGUCGCAUGUUGCCAGCUGCCAUUUUAUUAGAAACAUGAGGCUACAGACGGUCCAAUCCAACAGUCCUGUGAUAGGUUCCACAGAACCAGCACCAAAUGCUGUUUGAAACAUUUCCACCUUCAUAAUAUAGGGUUGUGUCAGACUGCCUGAUUGGACCGGCUUAGUUUCAGAUGCAUCUUCCUAAUAAACCAGACCUAAUAGCAGAACCCAGAGACAGCAAGGCUUUAGGCAGAGUAAAGAUCCAGACUGAACACAGUGAGAGCAAGGAGUCAAACAGAACCCAGUGAGAGCAAAAGAUCCAGACUGAACGCAGUGGGACUGAAGAUCAAGACAGAACCCAGUGAGAGCAAAGCUCCAGACAGAACCCAGUAAGGGCAAAGAUCCAGAGAGAACCCAGUGAGAGCAAGGAUCCAAACAGAACCCAGUAAGAAUGAAGAUCCAGACAAAACUCAGUAAGAGCUAAGAUCCAGACAGAACCCAGUAAGAACGAAGAUCCACGUACAGUAGAACCCAGUAAGAACGGAGAUCCAGAGAGAACCCAGUGAAAGCAAGGAUCUAAACAGACCCCAGUAAAAGUGAAGAUUCAGACAAAACCCAAUGAGAGUGAGCAUCCAGUCAAAGCCCAGUGGGAGUGAGGAUCCAGAUCAAACCCAGUGAGAGCAAAGCUCCAGACAGAACCCAGCGAGAGCAAGGAUCCAAACAGAACCCAGUGAAAGCAAAGAUCCAAAUAGAACCCAGUGAGGGCAAAGAUUCAGACAGAACCCAGUGAGAGCAAGGAUUCAGACUGAACCCAGUGAGUCUAAAAAUCCAGACCGAACCCAGUGAGAGCAGAGCUACAAACAGAACCCAGUAAAAGUGAAGAUUCAGACAUAACCCAAUGAGAGCGAGGAUCCAGACAGAGCCCAGUAAGAGUGAGAAUCCAGAUCGAAACCCAGUGAGAGCAAAGCCCCAAACAGAACCCAGUGAGAGCGAGGAUCCAAACAGAACCCAGUGAAAGCAAAGAUCCAGACAGAACCUAGUAAAACUAAGGGUCCAGACAAAACCCAGUGAGAGCGAGAAGUCACAUGGAACCUGGAGCUUUGCCCUCACUGGGUUCAGUCUGGACCCCCCGUCUGGGUUCCAGACUGAACCCAGUGAGGGCAAAGAUUCAGACAGAACCAAGUGAGAGCGAAGAUCCAGACUGAACCCAGUGAGAGCAAGGAUCCAAACAGAACCCAGUGAAAGCAAAGAUCCAAAUAGAACCAAGUGAGAGCAAAGUUCCAGACUGAACCCAGUGAGUCUAAGAAUCCAGACCGAACCCAGUGAGAGCAAAGCUACAAACAGAACCCAGUAAAAGUGAAGAUUCAGACAUAACCCAAUGAGAGCGAGGAUCCAGACAGAGCCCAGUAAGAGUGAGAAUCCAGAUCGAAACCCAGUGAGAGCAAAGCCCCAAACAGAACCCAGUGAGAGCGAGGAUCCAAACAGAACCCAGUGAAAGCAAAGAUCCAGACAGAACCUAGUAAAACUGAGGGUCCAGACAAAACCCAGUGAGAGCGAGAAGUCACAUGGAACCCAGUGAGAGCGAAGAUCCAGACUGAACCCAGUGAGGGCAAAGAUUCAGACAGAACCAAGUGAGAGCGAAGAUCCAGACUGAACCCAGUGAGUCUAAGAAUCCAGACCAAACCCAGUGAGAGCAAAGCUCCAGACAAAACCAAGUAAGAAUGAAGAUCUAGAGAGAACCCAGUGAGAGUGAGGAUCCAGAUCGAACCCAGUGAGAGCAAAGCUCCAGACAGAACCCAGUAAGAAUGAAGAUCCAGAGAGAACCCAGUAAGACAAAGGAUCCAGACAGAACCCAGUGAGAGUGAGGAUCCAGAUCGAACCCAGUGCGAGCAAAGCUCCAGACAGAACCCGGUGAGAGGGAGGAUCCAAACAGAACCCAGUGAGAGUGAACAUCUAGACAGAACCCAGUGAACGCAAAGAUCCAGACAGAACCAAGUAAGACGGGGGGUCCAGACUGAACCCAGUGAGGGCAAAGCUCCAGACAGAACCUAGUGAAUUGAUGAUCCAGACAAAAUCCAGUGAGAGAAAAAAUCCAGACAGAACCCAGUGAUAGCGAGAAUACAGACGGAACAUAGUGAGAGCAAACAUCCAGAUAGAAUCCAGUGAGGGAAAUGAUCCAGACAGAACCAAGUGAGAGCGAAGAUUCAGACUAAACUCAGUAAGAGCGAAGAUCCAGAGAGAACCCAGUAAGACAGAGGAUCCAGACAGAACCCAGUGAGAGUGAGGAUCCAGAUCAAACCCAGUGAGAGCAAAGCUCCAGACAGAACCCAGUGAACACAAAGAUCCAGACAGAAUCAGGUGAGACUGAGGAUCCAGAUUAAACUCAGUAAGACUGAGGAUCCAAACAGAACUGAGUGAGAGUGAGGAUACAGACAGAACCCCGUGAGAGCAAACAUCCAGACAGAACCCAGUGAGAGCAAACAUCCAGACAGAACCCAGUGAUACUAAUGAUCCAGACAAAAGUCAAUGAGAGUGAGGAUCCAAGAAGAACUCAAUUACAGUAAAGAUCCAGACAGAACCCAGUGAAACUGAGGGUCCAGACAAAAUCCAGUGGGAGUGAGAAGUCACACAGAGCCCAGUGAGAGUAAAGUUCCAGACAGAACCCAGUGAGAGCAAAGAUCCAGACAUAACCCAGUAACAGUGUGAGGUUCCCAACAGAACCCAGUGAGAGCAAAGAUCCAGACAGAACCCAGUAAGGGCGAAGAUCCAGAGAGAACCCAGUGAGAGCAAGGAUCUAAACAGAACCCAGUAAGAGUGAAGAUCCAGACAAAACUCAGUAAGAGCUAAGAUCCAAACAGAACCCAGUAAGAACGAAGAUCCACGUACAGUAGAACCCAGUAAGAACGGAUAUCCAGAGAGAACCCAGUGAAAGCAAGGAUCUAAACAGACACCAGUAAAAGUGAAGAUUCAGACAAAACCCAAUGAGAGUGAGCAUCCAGUCAGAGCCCAGUGAGAGUGAGGAUCCAGAUCAAACCCAGUGAGAGCAAAGCUCCAGACAGAACCCAGCGAGAGCAAGGAUCCAAACAGAACCCAGUGAAAGCAAAGAUCCAAAUAGAACCAAGUGAGAGCAAAGUUUCAGACUGAACCCAGUGAGUCUAAGAAUCCAGACCGAACCCAGUGAGAGCAAAGCUACAAACAGAACCCAGUAAAAGUGAAGAUUCAGACAAAACCCAAUGAGAGCAAGGAUCCAGACAGAGCCCAGUGAGAGUGAGAAUCCAGAUCGAACCCAGUGAGAGCAAAGCCCCAAACAGAACCUAGUGAGACCAAGGAUCCAAACAGAACCCAGUGAAAGCAAAGAUCCAGAUACAAUCCAGUGAAACUGAGGGUCCAGACAAAAUCCAGUGGGAGUGAGAAGUCCCACAGAACCCAGUGAGAGUAAAGAUCCAGACAGAACCCAGUGAGAGCAAAGGUCCAGACAGAACCCAGUAAGAGCGAAGAUCCAGGCAUAACCCAGUAACGGCGUGAGGUUCUCAACCGAACCCAGUGAGAGCAAAGAUCCAGACGGAACCUGGUGAGACUGAGGAUCCAGAUCGAAUCCAGUGAGUGUGAAGAUCCAGACGGAACCCAGUAAGAGUGAAGAUCCAGACAGAACCCAGUGAGAGCAAAGAUCCAGACAGAACCCAGUGAUACUAAAGAUCCGAACAGAACCCAGUGGGAGCGAAGCUCCAGGCACAACCCAGUGAGAGCAAAUAUCCAGAACGAACCCAGUGAGAGCAGCGAUCCAGACAAAACCGAGUGAGACUGAGGCUCUAGACAGAACCCAGUAAGAGUGAAGAUCUACAGUUGACAGAACGAGGGACACUAGCCGAUGCUAGUCCAACUAGUCGAACCUUUCUUGUGAGUUUGUUUUUGUGCUUUGACACUGCUCUCACUCGUUGCAGUUGUUUUCGAUGAGCUUGAUUUUUAAGGUUUCCAUUGCUUCAUUGAGAAAAAGAUUCAUCUUGUUGUUCUAAUGAUGAUGUUUGUACUGAAUCUAUAAUAUUCUGCAAUGUGACCUGGGGUCAGUCGAUCAUGUCACAUUGAUCUUCAAACUGUGAACCUGCUUUUAUUCUCAUUUUCUGAGACAGUAGAAGAAGCCGUUUCCCUCCUCCUUCUCUGUGUCCUCUGACCUCUGACCUAUGACAUGUAGCUGCUCUUCUCAGAGCUCGUACUGUUCCUCACUCAGGCAGGAGCAGUUUCUGUUUCUCACUGAUGUCAUUUCUCAAUAACAGCACCAACCACUUCAAGUCCUGAGAUCAACAGAUGUAAAUAACGUGACUGUUUGGUGUAACCAAUGUGUAAUAAAUGAGUAUUUACCUGA